AUCUGAACAGCACUCCUGUGCCACUUCAUUCCAUAAACUGGAAAUUACGUCACGAUUGUGGUAUUCGCCCAGUCUCUGGUCCCAAAUAGCUGGGCGCAGCUUAACUUCAUUUAUAAGUUGCUCCACAUCCAUGAUGACAAGAGCAGUAUGAAGCAUGUAACAAAGAACAAUGAUGUUGACCUGCUACUGCCUGACUGCAACUGGAACGAAUGGCUUUCAGGGAGUUCCCACCACCUCCAACCCCUCUCCCCACCACGCACGCACGCCAUACACACGUGAACCCAUUAAAAAACCUAAAUGUAUAGUCUGCAUGUGCGCGCGAUUGCGCACAUGUACAGGUAGAAGUGUCAAUGACAUAGGUCUGAUAAAAUUUGGUGUAAAACUAAUCACAAAAACAAAGUGGAGAUUUGUGAUACGUUUACUGCAGAAACUGAAGCGCAAUUCUGUAGUCUCGUUGUCUACUUUGACAGAAAAAAUAAUGGAGAGUUAAUGAAAUUACUGUACAUCGACACAGAUGUGCGUUUCAUUGUUCUUCAUUUUUUUUUUCCUUCCUUGGCGGGCUGCGCUGCACCGUCAAGGUAAUCCCUACUCUUUGGCUAAAUGGCUGCUAGUUGCCGAAGGCCAAAUAAAUAAAUUUAAAAAAAUCCCCACCCUUCGACAGCUGACAAGCAAGUCACUAGAAAACGAAGCUGCAGUCAACAGUUGCUCGCCUUUGGCUAGUGUGUGCUGUCGUGUAGAAUAAUGUCUUCACUCUUUUAUUGGUAUUGUUUUGACUCUGCAGUUACUCGUCGAGUUUUGAAGUACAGAAGAACUAGGAGGUUAUGGAUUCAUCCCAUAAAUAGCGACAGACAUUUAGGAGAGUUUUUUUCUUUACAUGAAGAACUUAAAAACUAUCCUGAAAAAUUUUAUUCAUAUUACAGAAUGAAUCAUAAUACAUUUCAGUAUGUGCUGCAGAACAUUCAAGACAAAAUUUCGAAACAGAACACAAAUUUUCGCAGAAGUAUAACAGCAGAAGAAAAAUUGUGUAUAACGAUAAGGUAUCUGUCCACUGGCAUCUCCUUUCAUGCACUAGCAUCGUCAUUCCGAUUAGGAGUGUCCACCGUAUCAGUGUUGGUGAAAGACGUUUGUAUGGCCAUAUGGGAGUCACUUGCCCCCAUUCAUUUACCAACGCCAACUGUUUCUCGAUUUAAAGAAAUUGCCAGUGAAAUGCAUACGAGAUGGGGAUUUCCAAACUGUGUUGGAUGUAUAGACGGGAAGCACAUACGUGUCCAAUGUCCUAAACUUUCUGGCAGCAUGUUUUACAAUUACAAACAGUAUUAUUUGAUUGUACUCCAAGCAGUUGCUGAUGCAAAUUACAAAUUUAUAGCUGUGGAUGUUGGUGCCUACGGUAAACAGUCUGAUGCAGGCGUGUUUAAAGAAAGUAUGUUAUAUAAGAAACUUACAAAUGGGGAGCUGUUAUUACCGCCACCAACAAGACUUGAAGGAAUGUGUCAGGAACUACCGUACGUCAUUUUGGGAGAUGAAGCUUACCCCUUAUUAGAGAAUUUGAUGAGACCUUUUCCUCGCAGAAAUUUGGACAACGAGAAGAUUCUAUACAAUGAUAUGCAUUCCAGAGCAAGAAAAGUUGUUGAAUGUGCAUUUGGUAUAAUGACCAAUAAAUGGAGACUACUGAGGAAGGAAAUUGAAACAUCCGUUGACGUAGCUGAUCACAUAGUCAAGUGCAUUUGUCUACUUCAUAAUAUUGUCAUUGGCAGAGAAGGAUGCAAUGUUGAAGCUGAAAAGUUUUGUAACAAUGCUGAUAUGCAGACAGCUGGUGCCACAUUCAACAGAAAUUCCACAUUACGUUCAAAAACUGUCAGGAACACUUUUGUUGAAUAUUUCGUUAAAAAUGCAACUUAAAUUAAUUAAAAAACCUCUCAAAUAAAUUUUGGAAUUGAAAUUACUUUGCUAUUUACUGUAUUUUUUUGUAUUUCAUUUCACUGUAAAUAAAACAAAUAAAAUUAUAAAGGAAAAUAAUUUAUAUUUGUGCGUACUAUCUGAAACACACUCCUUGGUUACUUCGUUCCAUAAUCUGGAAACUGCAUCAUUACUGUCAUACUAGCCGAAAUUCUGAUACCAAAUUGAUGGACACAAGUUAAUGUCAUGUAUAUGUUAUUCUGCAUCCAUUAUGCGAACUAUUCAGUGGCGGCAAUGCCGCGAACGCUGGCAAGCUAUUGUUGUACAUGCAUGUAGAUUAAAUAAAUGAAAUAAAAGUAAUUUCGCAUGUAU